UUGACCAGUGGCAGGUUCUGAGGCUACAGGCACUCCUGUUUGGUAUUUUUUUUCCCUCUUCAGUUCAGCAAAAAGAAAAGGGAGAAGAGUACAGAGUAGCACUCCUUUCUCAAAGCAAGAAGGAACUUGAGAAAACAAAGCAAGAGAAUAAAAACUGGUACACCUCUAACAACUAGGCAAAAGAAAAUGAAUUGAAGAUCAUAUUUUUCAUCUAUCAAGCACGAUGUCUCGUCCUGCACACAGAAGACCAGAAUACCGUAAAAUAAAUAAAGAUCUCUUCGUCCUCACCUAUGGAGCUCUGGUUGCCCAAUUGUGUAAAGAUUAUGAAAAAGAUGAAGAUGUGAACAAAUAUUUAGAUAAAAUGGGUUAUAGCAUUGGAACCCGACUGGUGGAAGAUUUUUUGGCUCGAUCCUGUGUAAGAAGAUGCCACAGUUAUUCAGAAAUUAUAGACAUAAUUGCCCAGGUUGCUUUCAAGAUGUACUUGGGAAUUACACCCAGUGUGACCUGCAACAAUUCCAGCAGAAAUGAAUUUUCCCUGAUUCUGGACAAGAAUCCUCUAGUAGAGUUCGUGGAAGAGCUUCCCGCCGGGCGUUCUUCUCUAUGCUACUGCAAUUUACUCUGUGGGAUCAUCAGAGGUGCCCUGGAAAUGGUUCAUUUGGCUGCUGAUGUUACAUUCUUGCAAGACCGACUAAAAGGCGACAAUGUGACAGAAAUAGGCAUAACGUUUCUUAAAAAGCUAGAGGAGAAAAAAUAUAGAAGGAAAAAAUAAAGAAUAGCAUGUAAAAUGCCACAGGGUGGCUAGCUGAGGGGUUAGUAUUAGCUAAACAUGGAUAGCCAUAGAAAUUUUAAAUUUCUUAAUAGCAUAGGCUUUGAAAGACUUACAAGUCAACUAGAAAUUUGCAAUAUAAGGCAUGAGAAUUUAAAGAUUUUUUUCCUUUUGCU